AUGACGAACGGCAGUGAUGAGACCAAUGGAAAGCCGGUUGAUACGCCGGCGACGACGACUCAAGAUGCCGCGGGCAAACCACCAGCCCAAGCCCAAGCCAAUGCGCGUCCCGAGAGGGAGGCAAAGCCUGGCGACUACUUCCGCGUCUUCACCUACGCCACGAAAUGGGACUUUGUCCUGAUGGCGCUCGCCUGCGUCGCCAGUCUGGGCGCCGGCACCACAUUGCCCUUGAUGAACGUCAUCUUCGGCCGUCUGGUGGGUGAUUUCAACAACUACUUCACGCCCAGUGCGCAGACAAGAGACGAAUUCAUGGAGUCCGUCAACCGCAUGUCGCUCUACUUGUUUGCCCUCUUCAUCGCUCGCUUCGGCCUCAACUACAUUAACAAGUUCUGCUUCCGCCUCAUCGGCAUCCGCAUGUCGGCCGCCAUCAGGCUGCACUACCUUAGGUCGCUCUUCGCCCAGACCGUCCAUGUGCUCGACUCGAUGCCCUCGGGGUCCGCUGCCAGCACCAUCACGUCGACUUCCAACACGCUGCAGCUCGGCAUCUCCGAGAAGCUGGGUACCAUGCUUGAGUUCUUGUCCACCAUCGUUACCGCAAUCAUCAUUGCCUUUACCUACAGCUGGUCCCUGACCCUCGUGACCGCGUCCGUCAUUCUCUUCAUCUCUCUUAGCAUCUCUUGCCUGCUACCCUUCAUCGUCAAGGGGAAUUCAAGGAUGACCAAGGCCGACGCCAAGGGUACCUCGGUUGCCACCGAAGCGUUUGGCGCUAUCCGCAUGAUCACGUCGUGCGGCGCCGAGUCCCGUAUGAGCCAGCGAUACGCCGAGUGGACAAGAAAGGCCAAGCAGGCCGCCCAGUUCAGUGCACCCUUUCUCGCGACCCAGUUCGGUCUCAUCUUCUUCGGCCUCUACGGCGCAUUCGCUCUGGCCUUCUGGUUUGGCAUGAGGUCGCACGUCGAGGGGAGGGUUGACGGCAUCGGCACCAUCAUCAUCGUCCUAAUGUCCGUCAUGCUCAUGGUUAUCUCACUCGAGCGCAUAUCGACCCCUCUCAUCGCCAUUUCCAAGGCCAUGGUGGCCGCCGCCGAGUUCUUCGCCGUUAUCGACGCCCCUAAGCCCAAGAUGGGCACGUUACGAGAGCCAGACGUCUCGGCCGAUCAGGAUAUCGUCUUCGAGGACGUCCACUUCGCCUACCCCAGUCGUCCGUCCAAAAAGGUCCUGGACGGCUUGAGUCUUCGGAUCCGCGCAAAUAUGAAUACGGCAAUCGUGGGUCCCAGCGGGUCCGGCAAGAGCACCAUCGUGGGGCUGAUUGAAGGUUGGUACACGCUGCACGAGCAGUACGUGAUUGCAAAGGCUGUCGAGAAGGACAAGAAGAAAAAGGAGAAGGAGAAGGAGAAAAAGAAGGAGAAGAAAAGUAAAAAAGGAAAGAAAGACGAUGACGACGCCGAUGAGGAUGAGGACGCUGUACUCCCCGCUGAUCCCGAGGACGUCGGUCCCCCAGUCGAGCUGAAAGGCAGCAUCUCGACAUGCGGAAAACAGCUUGAAGAACUCGACAUCAAGUGGUGGAGGUCUCAGAUCGGCCUGGUGCAGCAGGAGCCCUUCCUCUUCAACGACACCAUCUUCAAUAACGUCGCGGCGGGUCUGAUCGGAACCCAGUGGGAGAAUGAGCCAGACGAGGUCAAGCGGGAACUCGUCAAGGAGGCUUGUGCUGAAAGUUUUGCGGACGAAUUCAUCGAUCGGCUGCCGGACGGAUACGAUACCAAAGUGGGCGACUCGGGUGCCAAGCUGAGCGGCGGGCAGCGGCAGCGCAUCGCUAUUGCGCGGAGCAUCAUCAAGAAGCCCAAGAUUCUCAUUCUCGACGAGGCCACUUCCGCCAUUGAUGUCCGCGGUGAGCGAAUCGUGCAGGCGGCGCUUGAGAGAGCCUCGAUAGGCCGGACCACCAUCACCAUCGCCCACCGACUCUCUACCAUCAAGAAUGCCGACCGCAUCUGCGUCCUGAAGAACGGACGGGUUGUUGAGGAGGGGACACAUGACAGCCUUUUGGCGAACGACGAAGGUGUGUAUUACGGCCUGGUCCACGCGCAGAAGCUGUCCUUGGGCGAGGACACGGGCGAUGAACUACUACACGAGGAAGACAUUGGUGCUGUGCUUGCGCGCGAGAAGAGUGCCGCCCAAUCGGCGGGCGAGAGCGCCAAGCAGGACGCUAAAUGGAAAGACAAGAACAUCUUCAACGGCUUCGGAAAGCUGCUGUACGAGCAGCGGGGCCGCUUCCCCUUGUACAUAAUUGCCCUCAUCGGCGCCAUGGGCGCAGCGGCCUCGGUGCCCAUUCAGGCAUGGCUCUUCGCCCAGGUUGUCGAAGUUUUCCAAGAGCAGGACCCUGCCGCACUCCUCGACGGCGCCACCUUCUGGUCAAAGAUGUGGGCCAUUCUCGCCGCGGGAGUUGGGCUGAGCUACGCCGCCACCAGUCUGGCGUCCACCACGAUAGAGAACUUCAUCGUCGCUGUUUACAAGCAGCAGUACUUCGAGUCCAUCUUGUUUCAGCCCACGUCUUACUUUGACGAGGACGAGAACUCGACAGGGCAGUUGACGGCGCGGCUCUCCAGCGACCCUCAGGCGCUCAAAGAGCUGCUGGGUAUCAACAUCAUGAUGAUGCUCAUCGGCAUGUUCUCUCUGAUCGGUGCGCUGAUCAUUUCGUUCACAUACGGGUGGAAGCUGGCACUGGUGGCCUUGUGUGUGACAGUUCCGCUCGGUAUCGUGGCUGGCUAUUUCCGGGUCCGGUACGAGCUGCAGUUUAAUGCCAUGAACGAGGCUGUCUUCCAGGAAAGCUCCAAGUUUGGUGCUGAGUCUAUCAGCGCCUUCCGUACCGUCAGCGCUCUCGUCAUGGAAGACAGCAUCUGCGACCGAUACCAGCGGCUGCUACACGGGCACGUCAUGAAGGCUUACAAGAAGGCCCGCUUGACGACAAUCAUCUUUGCUUUCGCCGACAGCGUCAGUAUGGCUUGCCAGGCGCUCAUCUUUUGGUACGGCGGCACGCUGCUGGCGGACAGGGAGUAUGAUGUCGUUGCUUUCCUCGUGACGUACAUGGCUGUGAUCCAAGGCGCCGAGUCUGCCGGUCAGUGGCUUAGUUUCGGUCCCAACGUGGCGCAAGCCUCCGCGGCCGCUAACCGCAUCCUCCGCUCCCGCGACACGCGCACCAAAGACGCCGUUUCCACCUCGGAGCAGAUCCCAGACACGGACGGAGGCAUUAAGAUCGAGCUGAAGGACAUUCACUUCAAGUACCCGACCCGUGACGUCUCCAUCUUCAAAGGGCUCAACAUCACGAUCGAAAAGGGCCAGUUCGCCGCGCUUGUGGGCGCCUCCGGAUCAGGCAAGACGUCCAUCAUCAGCUUGCUCGAACGCUUCUACGAGAUCCCCAAGGGACAGAUCCUCUUCAACGGCAAGGACAUCUCCAGCAUCAACGUCUACGAGUACCGCAAGCUCCUGUCACUGGUGGCGCAAGAACCGUCGCUGUUCCAUGGCACCAUUCGCGAGAACAUCCUGCUGGGUGUCGACCCGGCGCAGGUCACGGACGAGCAGCUGCACCAGUGCUGCAGGGAUGCUAACAUCCACGACUUCAUCGUCUCGCUGCCCGACGGGUACAAUACAAACAUUGGCAGCCGCGGCGUGAGUCUGAGCGGUGGGCAGAAGCAGCGGUUGUCGAUUGCCCGGGCGCUCAUUCGAAAUCCGCGCGUGUUGCUGCUGGACGAGGCUACCAGUUCCCUGGACUCGGAAAGCGAGAAGCUUGUCCAGGCUGCGUUCGAAAGAGCAUCCAAGGGCCGGACCACGGUCGCGGUGGCACACCGUCUUGCCACGAUCCAGGGGGCGGACAUCAUCUACGUCCUUGGGGAGGGCAAGGUGCUUGAGAAGGGCACACAUUCUGAGUUGUUGAAGAAGAAGGGCGUAUACUGGCAUAUGUGCCAUAACCAAGCGCUCGAUAGGUAG